ACUAAUGAAAAAUUUUCAAAAAAGAAACAGAGACUACGCGGAAGACUCCGAGUCGUCGUCUUCAAAGAUGCUAAGGUGUUUCUUCAGAGAUUCUUUUCUUUUUGAGGGUGAAUGUUUUUUCUUGUAUUCGGGAAUUCUGGGUGACUGCCGCUAUUCCAAAGGAUGAAAGGAGGUUUCUAUGGAUCGAGGGGCAGACAACUUGCUCUAAUUACUAUUUUUCUAUUGUGCAUAACAUAUUUUAUUUGGGCAUGGAAGAAAACCCCGUCUGUUCCUAGCUUGAUGCCACCGCAAACCGGCUUGAAGCUGUCUUCAGGAACCCUCGCAAGUCCAUCAGAAGAAAAAACAAAAGACAAACAGAUUCAGGAAGCAAAGACAGAUGUUGGUGCACAUGGUCCUACAAGUCUAAUAGGAGUUGAAGGAGAUAAUAAAAAGUCAGUAGAACUAGUUUCAAAGCAAGCAGAAGUCGAUAUGGCAGCACCUGCAAGUUCCCCACGUACAAGCUCCCCUGUUAGGGGUAAAGAUGACUGGAAUUUAACAUUACCUAUACAAAAUCAAGAUUGUAACCAUGCAAAAGGAAAAUGGGUUCCAGACAACAACCGGCCCUUUUAUUCUGGGUUUGGUUGUAAGCAAUGGCUAUCAGCGAUGUGGGCCUGCCGGUUGAUGCAGCGGACAGAUUUUGCCUACGAGAAGCUUCGGUGGCAGCCUAAAAAUUGUAAAAUGGAAGAAUUUGAAGGAUCGAAAUUCUUGAGAAAGAUGCAAGACAAAACUUUAGCCUUUGUUGGAGAUUCAUUGGGCAGGCAGCAGUUCCAAUCUUUAAUGUGCAUGAUUACAGGUGGCAAGGAGAGACAUGAUGUCAUAGAUGUGGGAAAGGAGUAUGGACUAGUCCAAGCUCGUGGUGAUGCUCGCCCUGGUGGCUGGGUGUAUCGGUUCCCAGGCACCAAUACAACCAUACUCUACUACUGGUCAACAUGCCUCUGUGAUGUGGAACCCAUUGACAAGACAAACACCACCACUGAUUAUGCCAUGCAUCUUGAUCGGCCACCAGCAUUCUUGCAUCGAUUUCUUCACAAAUUUGAUGUUCUAGUACUCAAUACAGGACACCAUUGGAAUAGAGGAAAGCUUAAGGCUAAUAAGUGGGUUAUGCAUGUUGGGGGUGUGAGAAAUACUGAUAGGAAGUUAGCAAUGAUUUGGAAGGCCAAAAAUUUCACAGUUCAUAGCAUUGUCAAUUGGGUAAACUCACAGCUUCCAAGAUAUCCAGGGUUGAAAGCGUUCUACAGAACCAUCUCACCUAGGCAUUUUGUUGGUGGGGAAUGGAAUACGGGUGGGGGCUGUGACAAUACUACCCCUAUGUCAGUGGGAAAGGAAUUAUCAAAUGAUGAGUCUAGUGAUCAAAGUGCUGCAGGUGCGGUGAAGGGAACUGGGGUUAAGCUUUUGGACAUAACAGCUAUUUCACAGCUUAGAGAUGAGGGUCAUAUAUCCCGGUUCCGGAGAAACACCAGACAAGGAGUGCAGGAUUGCCUACAUUGGUGUCUACCUGGUGUUCCUGAUACAUGGAAUGAAAUGCUCUUUACACAAAUUUAGUCCGGCAUAAUAGGUGCCGAAUGAAGAACUCUGCAAGUGUGCUUGAAAAGGUUUGGCUCUUCCUUUCUGUGGCCAGGGUAAAGAUCACCAUUUGAAGAUUCUGAAUCCCACACUACACCACGGGAUGCAGCAAGGUGAGUGGGACAUAUCUCCCAACUGAGUUCCAUAUUAAAGACUUCUGAUCUCACUGAUUAAAAAUUAAAAAUAAAUACUUUUGAUCUGCUGACGAACUUGCAUUCAAAUUAUUCCUAGGUUUCUUCUUUUUGGGGAUCUUGUAAGCUCCUGCAAUCUUCAUGUUUGUAGAUGCUGGUUCUUCUGUUUGUAGUUUAGUUCAUUAUUUAUUCUGUCUUUGCAUGUUGCAUUGAGAAGUUUGCCCCUGAAUGCCACUUUUAAGUGUGAGAAGGCCUUUCCUUUGAAGUGAGUCUUGGACUUUUUUGGACAGAUUCUUCAAUGUCAAAUCCUUACAGUGGAGAAA